CGGUCAGUUUGUGUGGUGGGGGGACAAACAACAAACAGCUGAUCGUUCUCGUUCUGUUGGUUAUUUAUCCUUUCAUCAUCUUAAUUUUUGAUGUUGACGCUAUACUUGUUCGUCAUAACUGGACGAAUCAAAUGACUCUUCGUCUCACGAGCAUGGAUGACCUAAGCGAUUUUUUAACUAUUCGCUGCAAACCAAGAAUUCCACUCGAUGCAAAUGAUGCCUGGGAGCUUUUGACACAGAAGUUGGCUGAUCUUAAAGAACGAGACAGUACUUUUCCUGAGGUGUCUUCGGCUGAUCUGCUCGUUUGUCGUUGUGUGAACACUCUUCAUGAUGCGUCCCGCAAUAGCAAGCGACCCUUUGCUGUUCCCUCCAAUGACUCAUUAGCUGCCUGUGAGGCUAUAAUUGAUGAUGCCAAAAACCUUUUGUCGGACAAUUUUUUAUAUAAGACUGAUUUGGCGAAGGCUCUCAUUAAUAUAGAGGUAAAUAUACCUCUUCUGUUAGUUUGGAAACUACAUAAUGCUGAAAUUUUACAACUUUCAUCAUAUGUUUGUAGAAAAAUUGGUCAUGGUGAAGAAAAGUUGGUGUCAGAUGCCAUCAUCUGGUUUUUAUCCAACUCAGAAGAUUCUCCUGAAUAUGCCACUGUGGUCAAAGAUACAUUUGCUUCGCUUCUUGUAGCAAGCCAAUCAAGGUCACUCAAUUUACAGCUAGCUACUAUUUGUGCGUCCAUUUUAAAGAAAUGUGCUGAUGAUAUUGUGGAUUUGGCGAUGUCCCUAUCCCUACCUGAGCAAUGUGCCACCUCUACUUCAACGGAGAGCACCAUAGAGUUUUUUGACUUUUCCUAUUUGAGAUCUUCUGAUCUGUGGUCUUGUGGAGGGGAAGCAAUGGAACAGUUUGUAUGCGCCCACCUUCUGCGUCUUCUGGGCGAACAGCCUUCACACUUUGACCAAACUCUUACAGGAGCUGUGGCCAUGCAAGAAAAAUGUUCUCUAAGUAGUGUGGGACACUUUUUCAAAGAUUUGCUAUCAUUGAUUGUGAGCGGAUUAGGUGCAGAAAAGAUUCUAAAUCAAUUAGGUGUAGCUGUGGUACGUCCUACAGUUAACUGGAAAAUUAUUUUCAGUCUCAUUGCAGUGCUUUUAUCUGAAAAGCCUGAAUGCUGUGAUGAUUUGAGAAAGCUGACAGAUGAGCUUAUUCAAGUUGGUCUUGAAGGGGGACGUCAGACUGAAUUAUCUGCUGGAUUUCUUAUUGCCCGCCAAUGCUGCAGCUGUGAUAGCAAUAAUUUUGGUUCAUAUAGUUUGUGGUUCAGCGAAAACUUUGGACCAAAUUCAACUACAGCAAAGAAUACAGUACAAUUUCAAUCACUUUUGCAGCUGCUGACUACAAUAGUGCCAGUUGAAUCUGCUGAAAAUUUGCGAGUCCACAUUAAUAAGGUUCCACAAGCACCCAUGUCUUGUCAUUCGCUUCUCCACGACUAUGCAGUGCUAGCUCGGACUCGUUUGGCUGAUCUUAAUGAAUCUGCAGAGUUGACGGGCCUUUUUGCUGAUAGCAGUAGAGAUGCAGUUUCUGGACUGGAUUCCAAACAGAGAGAUAUUGUGCGGGUUCUCCAACAUUUCCAGGGCAAUAAAGAAAUAAUGAAGCCAGUGCUAGAGGCAUCUGUUUUAAGAAGAUCUUAUUACAGAAAUGUGUUCUUAGUUGAGCUUAUGCGUCUUCCUGGUUCUGCAGAGAAGGAAUUUACACCUGAAGACUUUGGGCUGAAUAGGGAGACUCGUCAUGAAUUUAUAAUGGCUCUAAAUAAAAUGGGGAAGAUACCAGAAAAAAUGUUCAAGGCCUACAAAGGAAAUAGGUCUCCAGAAGGAAAAGGACAAAGGAGCAAUGCUGAAAGUAAAGAAGCUCGUAAAGAAACAAAAAGUGAUACUGAUCAACCAAAGAAGAGAAAGAGCUUAGAAUUGAAGCCUAAACGAUUGGCUCAGUGACGUUCAUGUGAAAUCAUUGGCAACAUUAAAAUCUUUAUGUCACUUA